CGUGGCGGUUUGGUGGGUAUGGCUGGCCAGCAGCAGCAGCAACAGCAGCAAGGCAACACAACAGUGCGCUUGAUGAUGCCACCGAACCAGCUGGGCGGUAUGCUUCAGCAGCAGCAGCAGCAGCAGAACGAUGGCGGCGGCGGCGGCAUGCUGGGUCAGAGCGCGGCCACGCCACAGCAACAGCAGGCGCAAAACAAUGCUUCAAUCAUUCCAAUGGCAACGGGGUCCGCGGGUAACGGUGCCGCGAAUCAGAUGCUGUUCAGCCCGGGCGAUGGCAGUGGUGGAGGUGUUGGCGUCGUCUGCAGCAACACAUCCACCAGCAUGCAGACGAUGACGUCCCAGUCGAUGCCGAUCAUGAACACCACCACCAACAACAACAACAACAACACUAGCACGAUGAGUCUAGCAACAGCCGGCGGUGUUGUUGCACCGAACACAAGCAACUUUACCGGUGCUGGCGUUGGUGGUGGCAGCAACGCAUCCUCCAUGGUGGCCGUCCCAGUGCAAGGUACCAAGGACUGGCAUCAUUCGGUAACGCCCGACCUUCGCAACCAUCUCGUGCACAAGCUGGUGCAGGCCAUCUUCCCGUCGCCCGAUCCGUCCGCCAUGUUCGACAAGCGCAUGUACAAUCUGGUUGCGUACGCGAAAAAGGUCGAAGGCGAUAUGUACGAGAUGGCCAACUCGCGCUCGGAGUACUACCAUCUGCUGGCGGAAAAGAUCUACAAGAUCCAGAAGGAGCUGGAGGAGAAGCGCCAGAAGCGGAAGGAGCAGCAGAUGCAGCUGCAACAGCAGCAGCAACAGCAGCAGCAGCAACAGCAGCAACAGCAGCAACUGAAUGCGGCGGGCCAGGUGGUGGUCGGUCCGAACGCGGGCCAACUACUGCGACCGCUCAAUCACACCAACCAACACCAGCAGCAGGUGAAUCUGCUUGCCGGCAUGAAUGCUGCGUCGGGUAGCGGUGUGGUCGGUGUGGUUGGCGGUAACCAACCGACCGCGAUGCAGCAACAGCAGAUGCAAGCGGCACGGCACGCACAGAUGGGACCGAACAACCGGUUACAGCAGCCCGGCGCAGCCACGCAGCAACUGUUCGUCGCCCAGCCCGGACCCAGCCCGAACGGUGGCAGCAGUCUGGUGCACGGUGGUGGCGCUGGAACCGUGCUGCCCGGUGGGCUUUCCCCGUUCGGCCAACAGCAGCAGCAACCGAACAGCAACCACGGGCAGGGUAUGGUGGGUGUGGCCCAGCAACAGCAAUCGUCACCAUUCCUGAACGGACCGUCGAUGAUGGACAGCUCGUCCCAGCUGCAGCAGUUUAACGAUAUCGUGCGGGCGAAGUGUGCGAACCUGAGCGGUGGUGGUGUCGUGGACGGUACACAGCAGCAACAGCAGCAGCUCGGCCAACUGUCCGGUGCGCUGGCGGGUCAAACGAUGGGUAUGCGCACGGCGUUCGGUGGCGGAGUCAGUGCGAACGCGGGCCAGCAACAGCAGCAGCAGGGCGCGAACUCGGCGUCCGGUGGCAUGUUCGUCAACACGAUCAAUCCGGGCGGUGGCUUUAAGCUGAUGAGCGGUGGAAAAGCCCAAGCGCAGCAACGCAACAUCGCGCUGCUGUCCGGCAUGGGCGGAGCGGGCGGUGCUGGUACGGGUGGAGGAGGUGGUGGUGCUGGUGGUGGUGGGUUAGUCGGUAGCGCCGAUAUGCUAGCGAGCAGUCCGUACGGUGGAGGGGUCGGUUCGACGGUUGGUGGCGGCACCAUUGCCACCUCGAACGGACCGAUGCUACCGUCGCCGGUUGGCAACAACAACAGCAACUCGAACAACAGUAUUGUGCCACUGCUGCUCACACCGGGCGGUCCUCCGUCGUCGGAAUCGUCGACGGGCGGCGGGCUGGGAGAUGUGCUCGGUGGAUCGAGCGGAAGCGGCGGGGGCGGUGUGCAGGUUGGCGCUGGUCUCCUAGGGCAGGGAGCCGGCACGCUGCUAAGCGGCGGCGUCACCAACACACUCUCCCUGAACGGUGGUUCCACAACCACCACCACAACCACACCAGCGACAACACCCGCCACACCAAACGCGUCAUCUAGCGGCAGCACCGCAGCGAACGUACUUCCCGCCUCAUCGUCGGUGGUCGGAUCCGUCACCAACUCCACCGCAAACGGUGGAAGCAAUGUACUCACUGCCAACCGCAUGGCAUCGUCCUCGUCGUUCAGCUCGCAGAUGGCCGCACUCGAGGCGGCCAUGGCCCGGGACAAGGAAGAUUCACCCGAACCGCCGACCAGCUCGAAGGAUACUGCUAGUGGCGGGGGCGGGUGUGGCAGCAAGAACAACAAGGGCAAGUUCGAGAUGAAGCGCGAGGAGGACAUCAAGUCCGAGCCGGACAGCAACCACAUGAUGGACACGUCCGGCGGUGGUGGCGACGUCGGUGGCAAGAACGUGAACAACGAGUGCAUGAGCAUGAUGGCGCACGACAUCAAAUCGGAGCUGAUGGACGGGUCGGACGGUAGUAGCAGUGGUAGCGGCGGUGGUGGCGGCAGCGGUAAGAACAAACUCGACGUUUCCACCUUCAAGGUGGAUGUGGAACAGAGCCGCGCCGGCAGCCCCAAACCGAAGGUGGUGAAGACGGAGCUGAAGGCGGGCAUCUAUCCGGAACCGACCAUCCAGACGAACGCGAGCGACAACAAAAAGAAAUGCUCGUUCAAGCCGGAAGAACUGCGGGAAGCGCUGCUACCGACGCUCGAGAAACUAGUCACGCAGGAACCGGAAUCGAUACCGUUCCGCAUGCCGGUCGAUCCGAACUCGCUCGGCAUACCGGACUACUUCGACAUCGUCCGGCAGCCGAUGGACCUGAGCACGAUCCGGAAGAAGCUGGAAAGUGGCCAGUAUCAGGAUCCGCGCGAAUAUGUCGACGAUGUGUGGCUGAUGUUCGACAACGCCUGGCUGUACAAUCGCAAAACCUCACGCGUUUACCGCUACUGCACCAAGCUGUCGGAAGUGUUCGAGAUGGAGAUUGAUCCAGUGAUGCAAUCGCUCGGCUAUUGCUGUGGACGAAAGUAUACCUUCAAUCCGCAGGUGCUGUGCUGUUACGGCAAGCAGCUUUGUACCAUUCCACGCGACGCAAAGUAUUACAGCUACCAAAACCGCUCUUUUGGGGCAUUAUCUACCAGAUACACGUACUGUCAGAAGUGCUUCAACGAGAUACCGGGCGACACGGUAACGCUUGGCGACGAUCCGAUGCAAUCGCAAACCCAAAUCAAAAAGGAUCAGUUCAAGGAGAUGAAGAACGAUCACCUCGAGCUGGAACCGUUCGUGGACUGUUUGGACUGCGGUCGGAAGCAGCACCAGAUCUGUGUGCUGUACCUCGAAUCAAUCUGGCCCGGCGGGUUCGUGUGUGACGCUUGCCUGAAGAAGAAGGGCCAGAAGCGUAAGGACAAUAAGUUUAACGCGAAGCGGUUGCCCACCUCCAAGCUCGGCACGUACAUCGAGACGCGGGUGAACAACUUCCUCAAGAAGAAGGAGGCCGGUGCGGGCGAGGUGCACAUCCGUGUCGUCUCCAGCUCGGACAAGAUGGUCGAGGUGAAGCCGGGCAUGCGCAGCCGGUUUGUGGAGAACGGGGAAAUGUUGCCCGAGUUCCCGUACCGGGCGAAGGCACUGUUCGCGUUCGAGGAGGUGGACGGCGUGGACGUUUGCUUCUUCGGCAUGCACGUGCAGGAGUACGGGUCGGAGUGUGCGGCACCGAACACACGCCGCGUCUACAUCGCCUACCUCGACUCGGUGCACUUCUUCCGACCGCGCCAGUACCGGACGUCCGUGUACCACGAGAUACUGCUCGGGUACAUGGAUUACGCGAAGCAGCUCGGCUACACGAUGGCACACAUCUGGGCGUGUCCACCGUCCGAAGGGGACGACUACAUCUUCCACUGCCAUCCGCCCGAGCAGCGCAUCCCGAAGCCGAAGCGGUUGCAGGAGUGGUACAAGAAGAUGCUGGACAAGGGUAUGGUCGAGCGCACGAUACAGGACUACAAGGACAUCCUCAAGCAGGCGAUGGAGGACAAGCUGCAGUCCGCGUCCGAGCUGCCGUACUUCGAGGGCGACUUUUGGCCGAACGUGCUGGAGGAAAGCAUCAAGGAGCUGGACCAGGAGGAGGAGGAAAAGCGCAAACAGGCGGAGCGCGAGGAAGCGGCAGCGAAUGCGAUCAUGUCCAUGAACGAUGACAGUGACACCGUGGUCGACGGGAAGAAGAAGGGCCAGAAGAAGGCGAAAAAGUCGAACAAAUCGAAGGCGGCACAGCGGAAAAGCAACAAGAAAACCAACGAACAGAUUGGGAACGAUCUCAGUGCAAAGAUAUUUGCCACCAUGGAAAAGCACAAGGAGGUGUUUUUCGUCAUCCGGCUGCAUUCGGCGCAGUCGGCUGCAAGCUUGGCGCCCAUCCAAGACCCCGAUCCGCUCAUCAACUGCGAUCUGAUGGACGGGCGCGACGCCUUCCUGACGCUGGCGAGGGACAAGCAUUACGAGUUUUCGUCGCUGCGUCGGGCACAGUUCAGUACGCUGUGCAUGCUGUACGAGCUGCACAACCAGGGCCAGGACAAGUUCGUCUACACCUGCAACAACUGCAAGAACCACGUCGAGACACGAUAUCACUGCACUGUCUGUGACGACUUUGAUCUCUGCAUUACCUGCAAGGAGAAGGUGGGCCAUCAGCACAAGAUGGACAAGCUUGGGUUCGACCUGGACGAUGGUUCGUCACCGUCGGACGUGAAGCAAACCAAUCCGCAGGAAGCGCGCAAACAAUCGAUUCAGCGGUGCAUCCAGUCGCUGGUGCACGCGUGCCAGUGUCGCGACGCCAACUGCCGGUUACCGUCCUGCCAGAAGAUGAAGCGCGUGGUGCAGCACACGAAGCACUGCAAGCGAAAGACGCACGGUGGCUGCCCGAUCUGCAAGCAGCUGAUUGCGCUCUGCUGCUACCAUGCGAAACACUGCCAGGAGGCGAAAUGCUUGGUACCGUUCUGUCCGAACAUCAAGCACAAGCUGAAGCAGCAACAGCUGCAGCAAAGAUUACAGCAGCAGCAGCUUUUGCGGCGUCGUAUGGCUGUGAUGAACACGACCCGGCUCGGUGCACCAACACCACAAAUACCGCAGAACAGCAAUGGCGGUGGCAACAGCAGUAUGGGCAGUACCGUCUGCUCGUCGAACGUGAUCGCCGGCUGUUCCGUGGCACCGUCGUCCGGGCCGGUUAGCAACACGAUGACAAUCGGUGUGCCGGCUGGCGGCGGGGGUGUUGUUGCCGGUGUUGCUGGUGGUGGUGUUGGCGGUGUCGGUGUCACCGGUAUGGGGUGCGGCGGUAUGGGCAAUGCGGCGGGUGCGAUGAGCCCCUCGGCGGUGCCGAACACCGUGCAGAUCGGUGGCAUGGGCAGCCCCCAUCACGGUGGUAUGAAUAUGAAGCCGGGUGCACAAACACCACCGGCGAAUGUGCUGCAAGUUGUGAAACAGGUGCAGGAGGAAGCGGCAAGACAGCAGGCACCGCACGUCGGCUACGGCAAGGUGAAUCCGGUGAUGGUACCGCCGGUAAUGCAGCGUGCCAUGCCGGCUGGGCAUAUGGGUGCGGCGGGCGUCGGCGUGAACGUGUCCGGGGUCGGCGUAAUGCCGAACGCGCAACAGCAACCGAAUGCGGUCGGCGUGUCGAUGGGUGGACCGGGUGGUGGUGGUGGCCCGGGUGGAAUCGUGGGACAGAACGUGAUGCAAAUGGACCAGUGGAACUCUCGCUAUCCGAAUGGCGGUGGACCAGGCAUGCGCCCCACCCUACCCGGCCUGAUGCAGCAGCCCCAGCAGCAACAGCCACAGAAUCCACUGCAAACGGGCAUUAUGGCUGGCGGUGUCGGAAGUGCACAAAUGAUGGCCGGCAUACGCCAGGGCCCAAUAGCGAUGCAGGGCGGUAUGAUGGGCAAUGCGCAGCAGCAGCAGCAACAGCAGCAGCAACAGCAGCAGCAGGCUGGCGGCCAGCAAAACCAACCGGGUCAAACCCAGAUGGCCACGCAGCCGAAGCAGGCAAUUGCGCAGCUAAUGGCCACGCUCAAGAAUCCGGCCGCCGGUCCCGAACAGCAGCAGCAGCUGCUCUCGAUACUGAAAGCUAAUCCGCAGCUCAUGGCGGCCUUCAUUAAACAGCGACAACAGGCUCAGCAUCAGCAAAACCAAAACCAGGUAGGCAUGCCACAGCAGCAGCAGCAGCAGCAGCAGCAACAGCAGCAGCAACAGCACGUGCAACAGCAGCAGCAGCAAACGCAGCAACAGCAAGCUCAGCAGCAGCAGCAGCAGCACGGUGUAAUGCAUCCCGGUGGUUCGCAGGUGCAACAGGUGCAGGCGGGCCAAACGGUGAUGGUAUACAACAAUCCACCAUCCGGCGUCCAGAUGGUAACGAACCGUAUGCAAGGCGUACAGGGCAUGCCCGGCGGUGGCAAACCGGCCAACAAUCCAUCCAUGCAAAUACCGCUGCAGCAGCAGAUGUGGUACAAGCAGCAGCAGCAGGCCCAGCAACAGCAGCAGCAACAGCAACAGCAAAUGAUGCUGCAACGGCAGCUGGCGAUGGCGAGCGGUAACAUUCCACCAGCGCCACCGUACAACCAGCGUCCCCGACCCCAGCAACACAUGGGGUACGGGCAGGGUGGUGGCAUGUUCCAGGACCAGCAGCAGUACAUACAGCAAACGAUGAAGCCCAACCCGCAGGCGCAGGGCGGCGGUGUCGGUGUGAACGUUCUGUCCCAGCAGCUACAGCAGCAGCAGCAGCAGCAGCAGCAGGGCCAGGGCCCGAACCAGGGCAUUAUGGGGCCACCGAAUCCGCAGCAGCUGGCGAUGCAGCAGCAGCUGAUGCAGUCGGUACGCUCGCCGCCCCCGAUCCGUAGCCCCCAGCCGCAACCAUCGCCCCGUGCCGUACCUUCGCCCCGGGCUCAACCGUCCGUGUCGCCCCGGGCACAACCGUCGCCGCACCACAUACCGUCCCAUUCGCCCGUCCCGGUACAGCCGGGCGAUGUGGUGCUGCACAAUCACAUGCACUCCGCCCACCAACCGACCAACGUUGUCGGUAUGGUGGGGGGAGGGGGCGGUGGUAGCGUCGGUAUGCCGGGUGCCGGUGGAGGUGGCGGUGUCGGUGUGGUCGGCGGUGUUGUCGGCGGUCCAGUGAACGCGAUGUCGGUCGGCGGUGGUAUGGGCGUCGGCGGUGUCGUCGGUGUGGUCGGCGGGCUUGGCGGUGGUGGGGGCGGUGGGGUGGUCGGCGUUGGGAGCGGCGGCGGUGUCGUGCAGCAGGAUCUAGCGCAGGGCGUCGGCAUAAUCGGACCGGGGGGUAACGGGAACCCGGGCGAAACCUCGCUACCGGACCAGCUGACCAAAUUUGUCGAACAGUUGUAGUAGUAUUCGGGCGCAUGUCAACGUUAGCGGGUAGAAACGUUUUAUAUUGAUAUUAUUAGUUCGUUUCGUUUUAGCUAUUGUUUUUUUUUUUCUAUUUUACUUUACUUUACCUGGGGAGCGGGAGGGAUGGGGGAGGGAGCGGGGGGGGGGUUUGCGAGAUGGGGGAGGGGUACACUUCCUGUUUGGUUUCGGGAAACGAUUGUUUUAUACGCGCAUAUAAAUACCAUAUUUAUCUCCCCCUGCUACCACCCCAAUCCCCCCCCCCCCCAUCAAACCCCUCCCUCCCUCCCAUUUACCCCAUGAAGUGUUCCGCGGGUAAAUAUAGUCUGAACAAAAAAAAAGGAUAGCCUGGUGAAGAAGGAGGAAGAAAGAGGUAGAGGGGUAGGAAGAACGGGACGGGCAGAUAUCGCUAAGUGAGAUAGCAACUUUGUUAGUGUGUAAGUCAAUGGAAGUGGAGGCGCGUGGACGAACUACGACUAAGCGAAGGAUUAGCGUAUACAUAUGUAGUAGUUGUGUGGAUGCUGGCUGUGUGUAUGUAUGUAUGUGUGUGUGUGUGUGCGCGCAGCAAGCAGCAGCUUUUAUUUAAAUAUUUCUUAGCUUUUCGUUCCACCACAGGCCCCUCACAGUCAACCUGUGUGUCGAUAGGAAUGUAUAGGUAAAAAAAAAAAUGUUCAUUAGUUGUAUCGAAACCAAUACACAAACAUUGAACCACACACCACAACGUUCUGUUUAGCGUACCUGUGUUGUGACAUCAAGUGGCUUUUUUUUUGUUGUAAACACAUCCGGAAUCCGGAGUGUAUGUGUGUGUGUGUGUGUGGGCCGUUGUAACUCUCUGUCUUUUUCUCUUUAUUUCUUUCUCUCUCUCUCUCUCUCUCGCUUUUUUUUAUCUCCAUCACCCCCUUCGCGGUAUGAGUUACGAUCAUAGUGCGCUGUUGUGUGCGGUGAUCGCGCUAGUCUAGUAACCGGCACGGCAUACUACUUCAAUGAGGGGGAGGGCGGGGGGGAGGGGGGGGUCACGCUCUUCUUUCGCUAAGUAACGGUUAGUAUUCUUUAGAUUUUAACAGGCAAGGCAGGUGUGUAGCAAAUUGGGAAACGGGAUGUUUUGCAACCCAUUGUACAGCUGUGUAUAGCUACUAAACUAAGCCGACAGCGAACGGAAAGGAUGUGUGUGUGUGUGUGUGAAAGGACACUGCGCGCGAUUGAAGCCAUUUUUCUCAGGUUUCAUAAACUUACCUUUUCGCGUAGCAAUUAGGCGCAAAAGUGCAGCUUACGAACGAUUAGCUAUGUAUUAGUUUAACUUUUUUUUCCACACACACACAGUAAUUUAUUUUCGCACAUUUUUGGUUGUAAAAUAAGUUCAGCGAGUAGAGUUGUUCUCACAUCAGGCACGCCUAUUGCAAUACGCAGCCAACACGUCGCGUCGUACCCCUCCAGUGUGUUAGUAACAGUUAUUUGGUUUUUGUUUGUUUGCUGCAAAUCAAUACGAAUGAUGUGAUAGUUAAUGAACCUAAAAGCGAGAGAGAGAGCGAGAGCGAGAGAGAGCGAAAGAGAGAGAAUCGAUAGAAGAGAUAGUUGUACGAACUUUUAUCUUUGUGUUCUUUAUAUUAUCUUUUUUAUGUUCAUUAUGUUGGUAUAUGUUUAUGUUUAAGCGAAUAGCAUAGGAACAAACAGAAAGAGAGCGAGCGCGAAACAUAUUUCUGCAACAAACUUGUGUGUGUGUGUGUGAAUGAAAACAAGAAAAAAAGGCAAAAAGUCACACUAGCAAAGACAAAACAAAUUGAGGUAAGAAAAUUGGCAGCAAAGCAAAACAAAACAUCAAGAGACAAAACCCAAGGCCUUGUUAACGGGAAAGCAAAAAACAAAAAAAAAAGCAAAUGCAAUCGAAUAAGAUGGCCAAGAUGCGCAGAGAACUGUUUGUAAAAGCGAUAAGAGCUAUAAGAAAUGAGUGUUCUUUCGAAGCCCCGAGCGAGCACAGAAAUACACACACACACACACACACGAUAAACAAAUCUGGGACCGAUCCUAAGCAAAAAGCAAUAGUGGUUGUUCAAUAGAUAAGCCUCGUUGUUGGGGUGUGGUGGUGAUGAAAGGGAGGUUGAUGUUUAAAAUGGAAGUAAUAGGACAAGAAAUUAGGAAUUUUUACUCUUGCGAGAUCCAUACGCGCGCACACACACACACGCGUACACUUUUACGAUUUUUAAUUAUUUUAUUGAAAUUGAAUUGAAUCGCUGUUAAGUGCUGAAUAGUUUUUUUUUGCUCCUUGCUUCUUUUUGGCAUUAAAAGCUUACGCCGCCAGAAUUUUGAAACAAAAAACACACACACGCGCACACACCUACAUCUCACCACAUGCAUUUAUUAAUAUUUUGUCGCUUUGCACCUAUAUCGCGAAACCCAGUGUACCACCAUGCUGUUUUUUUUUUGUGUAUGCAAUAUCGUGCAGAAGGCAUAAGUGUUAAUUUAAGCUCUUCAAUCCGAUGUAUGCGCGCGCGUGUGUGUGUGUAUUGGUAAUAAAAAGAAAGUAUUAAUCUGUGCAAUUAAUUUUAGAAGCAAUUUGAAUGUGUGUGCGUGUGGCGAUAAAGCUGUAGUUAGUUGAGCAAUGAUGAGAUGAGAGGCGGGUAGAUGGAACGCGCACUCUUCUUCACACACACACACUCACAACCAAAAACAAAAAAAAAGGCACAUACAAUAACAUGAAAACAAAGCAAUCAAACAGACGGAAGAAAAAGCUAAAAUUCAAUCGAAACGUGUGCGAGCCUAUGGGCGUACGUGUACCAUAACACAUUCUGCGCUCUCGCUUUGUACUGCAAACACACACACAGAAACCGUGUGUAUUCUAGCAAUAAUUGUUUUUAAAUAGUGAGAGAACGCGUGAGGAACGAUUCCCGUUCAUCUUAGCGAGCAAUUGCGUUAAACAAAACAAACGGACAGGGAACAGGUCAGGUGUGUGUGUGUGCUCUUGUGCGAUUUUUAAUUUACAACCACCCACCCACCCCAUUCAAAGUGCAAUCGGACCCCCCCCCCCCCCCUCCUCUAAAACCAAUAAUCCACAUGAUGGCCCCUAUUUCAUGUGUGUGCGUGCGUGUGUGCUUCGCUUUUAAAAUAUUCUUUCCGCAAUUGACUAAAGAACAAAGAGAAGCCGGGAAUGAUGAGUGUGAAACAAUUGUGUGAGAUGAGAGCAAUUGUUUAUGUGGCUGUGUCGUCGUUAAUUACGGCAUCAUCAUCGAUGGAAUGUUUGAUGGAGAAAAAACAAAGCUCUCGCUACUGUUCCCCCUAUCCCUAUGCUUUUUAUUCGUUAGUAUACAGUUGGUAGCUUUUAACACAUACACACACACAUACACACACACACAGGCUCGCAUCCUUUCUCUGUGGUGGCGUAAGUUGGAGCUUAAAAAAAAACAAGCGUCCGGUUCGUCCGGUUUAAAGCGAAUAGAGUAUAAGACAAUGCAAAUCGAGAACACACACACACACACACACACACAGAAACACAUCCACAUCACGCGAUCUGAAAUGAUUUUCGUUUCCUUGUUUGAUUAAGGCUAAUUUUAGUUUUUUUUUUCUUUUCUAAGAAGUAUGUAAGCAAAGAACCAUUAUCCCUGUAAUUGUUAGCAAUGUGUGUGUGUGUGUUUUUUUUUUACUAGAUAUAUACUACAUAUGUAUAUGUAAUAAUAUCUAAUGCAUGUUAAGUAUUUUUGUAUCUCGCUUCGUUUACAAUUAAUUUAUCAACCCGCAGCAAUUCCGGCAAUAAGUGUGUGUGUACAUACUUUAGUAGCAACAACAAAAAAAAAAACACACGGUUCUAUGUAAUAUGAUGUAGUUUUUAUAUUUAAAAAAUUAAGAAAAUCCCCACACACACACACACACACACAAACAAACACUCCGAUUGCGCUGCUGGCUGCUGCUGUGUGUAACAAGGGUAACCCCACUUCCUCAAAAUGCUCACACGCGAACGAAUACCAUCCCCAGUCCACGUUUAGGGUACCACGUGUUAGGAUACAGAAACGGAAGCGGAAGCGGAAUGUUUCGUUAUAACAUUGCGUAUAAAAAAAUAUAUAUAUAUAAAUAUGAAUAUAGAGCGCUACGAUGCGGGAGGAAAUCGUAGGGAAAUAACUUAUAACAGCAAAAAUUGCCACAUUUAAUAUAACAAAACAUAUAUAUAUAUAUUAUAUGUAGUAUAGGAUGAUUCUCUUAUCACACAUACACUCGGGAAAUCGCUGUUGCUAGUAAUGUGUUGCGAUGAGAAACCCUGAAACAGAGAGAGAGAGAGAGCUGCUUCUCUAGGAUAUGUACCGGCUGAUCCUUGUAAAUUGAUUGUACUGAGUGAAACGAAGCGAUGGAUCAAGUUCGAGUUGGUGGCGUCACAACAAACAAAACUAAUCAACCAACAAAGAGAGAGAGAGAGAGACAAACAUCAGCUGGCAAGCGGGUGAAUUGCAUCCAACAAUGUGUGAGUGUUGUGCAUGCAAAAAAAACAACACACACACACACAAUCCUCAUUUUUUUCUCACUUUCCUCUGUGUGGUUGGCAAGCGUAUGUGUGUAUGUGUUUCGUUUUGUUAGUUUUUCCUGUUUUUUUCUUUAAAUAGUAAUUUAAAAAACUAAUAAUAAGAGGUAAAAAGGGUGCCGAAAAGUAGUGGGAGUGCAGCAAAGAGAAGCUGAACCCCUGACAAAAACUCCGCACCCUUUUUACCAUUUACUUACACACACACAAACACACUAAUAUAAGAAAGCAAACUGUUAGAAGAAAACAAACAAGUGGAAUUAGGGGGCAGGCCGUUUGUUUGCAGAGCAACAGAUGUAAUAAUACCUAUACCUAUAUUGCCUAGAUGUAAAGUAAGGAAGGAAGCAAGAAAGCAAACACAAAAAGCGAGUGGUAAAAAGCAGAAAUGAAACAAAAAAAUAACACAGAACAGUUAAAGUAAAGUAACAAGCUAGGAAGGAUAGAAAGUAAGGCAAAACACAAUAUAGAUAGUGAGAGAAGCAUGAUGGGGCAGGGUGAGGCGAAGAAGAUGAAAAGAAAAAAAAAACGGAGAAAAUCGAACAUAAAAUGUAUACAAGCAAAUUCCAGAAAAUUAA